AUGGGCCUUCCCGAACAGAAAGAGGGCAUCAUGCCCCUCCACUUCGUCCAGAGCCCCCCGUUCUCGAUACAGUCCCCGGGCGAACUUGCGAAAGACGGAGAGACGGCCCCCCACCGAAACGUCAAGGCGAAGGAUGGUCUCAUUGACAAGCCGGCGCCGAAUGUCAGCACCAUCUACGAGCUGCUGAGGAACAGUGCAGAGAAAUUCCCGGGCAAGGAAGCUGUCGGCAUGCGUAGGCUCAUCAAGACACACACCGAGAAGAAGAAGGUCGACAAGGUCGUGGACGGCGAGACCAAAAAGGUCGAUAAGGAGUGGACAUUCUUCGAACUGUCCGGCUUUUCCUACCACACCUACUCAGAGUACGAGAAGAUGGUGUUGCAAGUCGGUGCCGGCCUGCGGAAAUUGGGACUGGAGCCCCGCGACAAAUUGCACCUCUUUGCCGCGUCGAGUCGCAACUGGCUGUGCAUGUCGCACGCGUGCUCCUCUCAGUCUCUCACCAUCGCCACCGCCUACGAUACCCUAGGGCCCGAUGGUGUCAAGCACUCUUUGGUCCAAACCAAGGCCAAGGCCAUGUACACGGACCCGCACUUGCUGAAGACGGCGGCCGGGCCUCUGAAGGAGGCCAAGGAUGUCAAGUUCCUGAUCUACAACGACGAGACGAACAUGCCCAUCAAGGACGAAGAGCUUGAAUCGUUCAAGAAGGCUCACCCGCAGCUAAAGGUUAUAUCUAUCUCUGAGCUCCGAGCCCUAGGAGAAGCCAACCCGGUCCCGCCGGUUCCGCCAAAGCCUACGGACCUGUACUGUAUCAUGUACACAUCCGGGUCAACGGGACCGCCGAAAGGUGUCCCCAUCACACAGGAGGGUAUUAUCGCGGGCAUUGCUGGUUUGCACUGCAACGUCGAAGAAGGCAUAUCCUCCAAGGAAGUCGUCCUUGCUUAUCUGCCGCCCGCCCACAUCCUGGAGCUGUGUGUCGAGAACCUGGUCAUUUUCGUUGGCGGCACUCUGGGCUACGGCUCGUCGAGAACUCUGUCCGACUCGAGCAUGCGUAACUGCGCAGGCGACAUGCGCGAACUGCGGCCGACUGUCUUGGUCGGUGUCCCGCAGGUCUGGGAGACGGUGAGGAAGGGAGUGGAGGCCAAGGUCAACUCUUCCGGGGCCGUGACCAAGGCCCUCUUCUGGGGAGCUUACAACCUCAAGUCUGCGCUCGUAUCGUACGGCAUGCCCGGAGCUACCAUGCUGGACGACAUCGUCUUUGGCAAGGUACGGCAGAUGACCGGUGGACGCCUCCGGUUUAUCUUCAACGGCGCGUCUGGCAUCUCGCAAGGCACACAGCACUUCAUGUCCAUGGUUGUGGCACCGAUGAUCACUGGGUACGGUCUGACAGAGACCUGCGCCAACGGAGCGUUGGGCAACCCCCUACAGUGGACGCCCAACGCAAUCGGUCCCGUCCCCGGCUCCGUCGAGCUGAAGCUCGUCUCGCUGCCGGAGCUCAACUACAGCACCUCAUCAACACCGCCGCAGGGCGAGAUCCUGCUGCGCGGCAAGCCGGUGCUGAAGGAGUACUACGAGAACCCAGAGGAGACGGCGGGCGCCAUCACGAGCGACGGGUGGUUCAAGACGGGCGACAUCGGCGAGAUCGACGCCAACGGGCACGUGCGCGUCGUCGACCGCGUCAAGAACCUGGUCAAGAUGCAGGGCGGCGAGUACAUCGCCCUCGAGAAGGUCGAGGCCGUCUACCGCGGCUCCCAGUACGUUCAGAACCUCAUGGUCUACGGCGACAGCGCCCACCCGCGCGCCAUCGCCCUCGUCAGCCCCAACGAGAAGGCCCUCGCCGACCUCGCCCACAGCCUCGGCGUCCCGGAGAAGGCCAUGCACAGCGACAAGAAGGUCCGCGCCGCCGUGCUCAAGGACCUCCAGACCGUCGGCAAGAACGGCGGCCUCGGCGGCCUCGAGAUGAUCUGCAAUGCCGUCCUGGUGGACGACGAGUGGACGCCUGCUAGCAACCUCGUCACGGCGACCCAGAAGGUCAACAGGCGGGCGCUGAAGGAAAAGUACGCCAAGGAGCUCGAGAGAGGCUUUGAGUAG